AAUCAUGAACUGGAGUUAUUUUCUUGUAUCCAAAAAGAGCUUAAUACUGUGUUAUUUUCUUGUCUUAUCUUAUAUUAUAGUAUCUUUUUUAUGUGCAGAGCCAUUUUCUUAUUGAUGACGAUGAUGAGGAGUUUUUUUGGAAGGCUUUCAAAUAUAGGACAAGUAAGCGAUUUAGCCAAAUGAUGUCGGAUAUCCGUGAGGGUGUGGAUACAACCCACGAAUGGCUAAUUCCUGCUUACAAAAAGUUGUUGGAAAAGUACUGGGAAACGGAUGAGAAAUGGAAAAAUAUAAGGAAAAAAGCGAGGGAGAAUCGAGCGUCACUCUUAGGUGGUUCUGUCCAUUGCGGUGGUUCUAUUCCACUGAGCUCAACUAUAGAGAGGAUGAAGAAGCAGUUAGACCGUACACCAACUCAUGAGGAAGUCUUCAAGGAAACCCACACACUUAAAAGUGACAAGUCUAAAUGGGUGGACAAACGCUCUCAAGACACUCAUGAGAAGUUUAUAAAAAAGUUAGCAGAAGUUCAGGCCCAACAUGUUGAGGCUCAAGCACAAGGAAUGGAGCUACCACCAAUUGAUGAAGACUUGAUUUGGGAGGAAGUGUGUGGUGGGCAAAAGAAGAAUCGAGUUUACGGAAAAGGAGCAUUCUUUUCUAGCUCUAUUAAGUCUAGAACCACUUCUGCCAACUCUGUAUCUGGAAGAGCAUCUACAAAUCAAAAUUCUGUUCCUGAUUUGCGAGAACAGAUUCAUAAUCUCAAUGAAGAGCUUUUUCAACGUGUUACUCAACAGACAGAUGAGCGUAUUAGUAAGUUGUUAGAUACACGCUUGGCUCCUUUGGAAAAGACUCAAAAGAAGUUAGAAAAGUUAGAACGGGCAAUUGGAAAGGCCAAGAAGGAAAAGCUGAAACAGAAGAGAUGGAAUGAGGCUUAUGUUAGCUAUUACAAGAAGGUUAGAGCGUCAAGUAGUUCCACUACUGCUCCACCGCCACCGCCACCGCCGCCACCUUCAAUCUCUUCGGAUGAAGACUAUGAUGAUGAUGGGGAUGAAGAUGACACUGAGGACUAUAGUUGAUAAAUUUAGUAUGGUUGAACAA